UGCGCGCGACCAUGGCACGGAGCCGUUCAUUCGCUCGGUGGCCGCGUAGCCGUGAACUUGGCUCCCUGGCCCUGGGCUUAUCGGCGGCGCCGGCGGCCUAUAAUAGCCGGGCUGGCGACUCCCCCCAGUCCCAGAGCCACCCGAGCCUCCGCCGCCAUGCUCCGUGCCUUGUGUUGCCUCGCCGUCAUCGCCGCAGCCUCCGCCUGCAAGCCCUGCACGUGCGGGGUGGCACGUGGUGCGCGCGUCAUCGGAGGCGGGCCCGCGGUGCCGGGAGAGUUCCCGUGGCUGGCUGCGCUGCGCAAGGACGGCAAGUUCAUCUGCGGGGCCACCGUCGUCGCCGUUGACCACCUGUUGACCGCCUCGCACUGUGUGCAGGGGGUUGAAGCGUCCAGGCUAAACGUGCUUGUGGGAGAGUACGACGUAAACGAGUCGCAGUCGGAGGGGUUCCGCGUGGCGCACGUACUCCAACACCCAGACUUCAACAGCUACACUUACGACAACGACAUCGCCGUGCUGCGCCUGGCCGAGCCACUGCCAGGCCACCUCUUCCGACCAGCCUGCUUGCCCGAAAACGGAGAUCUCCUCAUUGGUGCCGAUGCCGUCGUAUCUGGAUGGGGUAGCACCGAAGAAAAAGGACCUACAUCUAACAUACCCAUGAAAGUGGAAGUAAAGAUCUGGGAACAAGAAGAAUGCUCGACGGCAGGGUACGGUCGGCGUAAGGUGACUCCGCGCAUGCUGUGCGCCAACGCGCCCGAGCGGGACUCGUGCACCGGCGACUCGGGCGGGCCGCUCAUACUGGCGCGCCCGCACCACACCCUAGUCGGCAUAGUGUCAUGGGGGCGCGGCUGCGCGCGGCCGGGCUACCCCGGCGUGUACACGCGCGUCACCCGCUUCUUGCCGUGGCUAAAGGUCGCGCUGCGCCACGCCUGCUCCUGCUCGGCGCCACACUACUGAACCCAUCAGCGUUUUUGCAACAGACAUCAUUUCAACGGCGGCGAACCUACAACUGUGCAAGCGACUACACGGGACGCUAAAAUAAAACUAUCGAGCAUUGGUCACUGAAUAGUUAAAGUACUUACUUUUAAGGUUCACAACUUUGGGAACAAAUUAAAUUAUUUUAUUAAAUAUUUGAGUUUUCUACGUGUUGUCGCGAGAAAAAUCGGCGUGUUAUGGAGUCAUAUUUUUGUAUUAACGUCGUUAACCGUUAUUGUAGGUUCAUGGUAGGUACCUAAAGGCAGUACGUAUUAUACGUACACUUCCGUAUGAAGGCUACGUCAAUAAGAAAUAAUCUGUUAUAUUUACAAACCACAUUUUUAUCUGUAAAAUGGCAUUAUUUUGUUAACUAAGUUAUAUCUAAAGCUAGUUUGUUGUUUAUUAAGUAAGACGUUACCAUAAAUUUACUACGUAGGUUACCAAUUGAACUGAUACUAAUGUUACCAAUUGAACUGAACGCUUUAGGUAGGAAAUGGUUGUGAUUUACCUAUAUUUAACUGCUAUAGGUAGUUCAUUAUUCUAUAAAAUCGACCAUAAGAUGUGUUGUGCCGAACAUGUAGAUAAAUGUCGCAUAUAAUUAAGUUAUGUCAUCAUUCACACUCAGUUUUAAUUUUAUUCCAGUUAGUAUCAUGUAAUAUACUUAUUGAAUAUUUAUUAAGCGUAGGUACCUAUUAUUGUUUAUU